AUGGCACCAAGAAAACGAGCUGCCUCAGGCUCUGCCGAGACCAACGGUGAAGCCGUUCCCAAGAGACGUUCAGCUCGUCAAGCAGCAACCGCGCCCUCCGAGGAGCCGUCUCACCCCGUCACUACUCAAAACACUCCCGCGCCUCGGAACAAUAGACCGAAUCAGAGACACAAGCCCGCUGCGUCCAAAACCGCCGCCAAGCCGGACAACACAGACAUCAGAGGUGCGGCUAAAAAGCCCCCCACGCAGUCGGCAGGCAGUUCGGAGGCACGCAAGCUAGCCCCAUCAACCCCAAGCAAGGAAAGCGAAAGAGCGGGCUCGGAAGACGUCGAUGUAGAUUCUAUACCGACAAUCAAUCCCGAGGCCCCCCGACAUGAAGGCGAGUGGUACUGGUUAAUGAAGGCGGAGCCUGAGACGCGGUAUGAGAACGGCGUCGACGUGAGCUUUUCUAUUGACGAUCUGAGGGCCAAGACGAGACCCGAAGGCUGGGACGGAAUCAGGGCGUAUGCCGCACGCAAUCACAUGCGGAACAUGAAUGCCGGCGACAAAGCCUUCUUCUACCACUCCAACUGCAAAGAACCCGGCAUAGCAGGCACGAUGGAGGUGGUCAAGGAAUUCUCAGAAGACGGUUGGCCUCUCUCUCGACCAUGGCCGGCAUCGUCCCCAGACGUACUGACCAAGACGGUAGUGAGCGCUCGCCGGCCGGGCACGGCUUACUACGACCCCCAAUCGACAAAGGACAAGCCCCGCUGGAGUCUUGUCCACGUCGAGUUUCGCAAAAAGUUUGCCGUGCCGAUUACUCUGAAAGAACUGCGUGAAAUGGGCAAGCCAGGCCGUCCGCUGGACAAUAUGCAGAUGCUGAAGCAGGGCCGGCUGAGCGUGAGCCGGGUCAGCAGUGACGAGUGGGCAGCCUUGUGCAGGGUUGCGGACGAAAAGGCCAAGGCGGCAGGGUUGGAGCACGAGACGGCCAAGUUGAGGAAUUCAAGAUGA